CGAUGUGAGGCCAAGGCCAUUCAUCCCUCUCCUAUUUUGAAGGCGGCCCUCCCGUACGUAAGCGCACACGGACACGGCCUCUGGCUCUGGCUCUGGCUCUGCACACCGCCGGCGCCCGCCCGCUAUUUGUGUCCACGGCGACGAUCUGCAGCGGCGAUGGCUCGGCGACGGGACGACGUAGCGCUGGCCGCCAUCACCUUUGCGAUCGUCGCCUUGUGCGCGCGGUAUGCGUCGGCAGUGGGCACCACACCCCAGUCAUCCUUCAGCUACAGGGAGGGUGACCCGACCGGGCCUACAAAAUGGGCCACAUUGCAGAAGGACUGGGAUGUCUGUGACAGCGGCACCGAGCAGUCCCCGAUCGACGUCGCCAAGGUGGAGGUCUCUGAGGAUUUAGACCCGCUGCAGCAGACCUACGAGCCUGGCGACGCCGUCAUGCACAACAGACUCCACGAUUUCAUGCUGAACUGGACAGGAGGGAACGGCGGCCUGACAAUCGAAGGGAAGAAGUACAAGCUGAAGCAGGUGCACUGGCACGUUCCCUCUGAGCACACCGUCAACGGCACCCGCUUUGACGCGGAGAUGCACAUGGUCCACGAGGACUCCACCGACGCCAAGUCGAAAGCCGUCGUCGCGGUGCUGUUCAGCGCCAAAGCAGGCAAGUCCAGCAAGCUGCUCCGCGAUCUCAAGCCCUACUUCGAGAGGCUCGCUGGUAAACAGAACGGCACGGAGGAAGUGAAGGGCCCCGUCGUCGAUCCGGCAGCCUGGAUAGACAAGGCCUCUGGAUACUACGGGUACGAGGGCUCGCUUACAACCCCACCCUGCACUCAAGGAGUGCUUUGGACUAUCAUGAGCAAGGUAGCAGAUGCAUCCAAGGAGGAGAUCCACUCCAUCGAGUCGGUGAAGGAGGCAAAUGCACGGCCGGCUCAGAAAAUCAACAGCCGCGUUGUUCGCUACUACAAAGCAGCAGGAGCCACAGAAGCGCCGGCGCCGGCGCCGGCGCCAGAAGCAACCUGAUCGAGGAGAACGUGAGCCUUGAAGACGUUAGAACAGUAGCUCACCCUCCCGAGAGUAUGGGUUGAAAAUCUUUGGCGAAUUGAUGUCUCGAUGCAAAUUAAACAGGCAUGCCAUCUUUGUGUAAACAGAAGUUUUACACACUAAGUUCCACUCCUAUACUACUACCAUAAUUUUAGUAAUGUAAAUACUUGAAAGAAUUGCUUAAAUAUAAAUGUUUAAAGACAUUAUGAGGAAUUGCCAAGUAUCAAAGGCUCGAUACUCCUCUCUAGAUCU